UUUUUUCUGAUACCGCCAUUUGUCGCUCAUUUGCUUUUGUUAUGCGCCUAUUUGGCGUAGCGUCGCACUAUUACAACAAUUCGCAUUCGUGUGUACUAUUAGUUUACUGCGAAAAUACUUCGUUUAUAUUGCAAUCAAACGUUUUUUAUUGUUGUUACAUUUAUUGUUAUAUUGUACGUGCGCUUGCGGUAGUAUUUGUUUUUCUUGCUCAUGCUCAUAUUUUAAUUUUUGUUGAACGUUUUUAGCAUUAUUUGAGCGCAAGCUUUCCAAAGUUGUUGACAUUUUUGUUGUUGUACGCCAUGCAAAAAUUUGCAAGGCUGCGUAUUGUGCGCUUAUGUGUUGGUGAGAGCGUGACGAUUUGUAUACAUGCACAACUACUUUUAUAUUGUAUAUACACACAAAAAGCUUGUCAACGCUUGUUUAUGCCUCACACUAUAUUUGUUUAUAGCUGUUGAUUCGCAGUUGCUGACUUUGCAUUGGUUUGUUCGCCAUUAUUUGUUGUGUUUGUAGCGUAUGUGUUUGUUAAGGCAGUGUGUGGUUUCAAAAACUUUUGUUUAAAGUUUAUGCCGGUUUAAAACUUUUCUGCUCUUUAUUUACUGGGUAUGACUAUGUUAGUGAGUCAGCAAAUCGUUUUUGACUAUUAUUCUCUAUAAAAUACCGUUGCUUUUACCAUAUUUUUCCUAAUAUUUUCAACUCUGAUUAUGUUUUCUCUUACUCAUAUACGUACCACGUGUCUGUGUAUAUGUGUCAUCGUUAAUAAUAAGACGCUAACUUGUUUAUUUUUCUAACGAAUUGGAGCGUAUAAAGCACGAAGUCAAAGCGCUACUCUUCUUUAUUGCAAUUUUUUUCGUUUUCAAUACACUCUUGUGUUUUGUACUUUGCACUCUUACUGCAUUACUUUUCUGCGACUCUCUUGCUCUCUCGUCGCGUUUGCACACUGCUGCGUUGAAUUUGUGCUUUUAUUUGUUAUGUUCGGCAUUUCACUACACUACUCAUUAUACAUACAUAUUAUACCCUGAGUCGAUUUAGCAUGUCCGUCUGUCUUGUAUAUAUGCGAACUAGUCCCGCAGUUUUUGAGAUAUCGAUCUGAAACUUUGCACACCUGCUUUUCUCUUCAAGAACUUGCUUAUUUCUCAGAACUGCCGUUAUCGGUGUUGUAUAGUAGCAUAUAAAUGCUGGCAUACAAACUGAACGAUCGAAAACAAGUUUUGGAAUUACAACUUUUUUUGAAAAAAUAUCUUCACAAAAAGUGGCAUGGAUCAAAGCAACAGUACAAUCUCUUUAAUACUUACUGUCAGUUCGUGCCACUAUUAGCACAUAGCUGCGAACAAACUCACGGAUCAAUAUCAAGUUUUUGUAUGGAAAAUGAUUUUAUUUCACAAUAUAUUUUCACGAAAUUUGACAUGGAUUGUUGUCUAAAGCAAAAAUACAAUCUUUGAACAAAUUAUGUAGAUCGAACCACUAUAGCAUAUAGUAUGGCAGCUACAAACUGACUUUUGUAUGGAAUCUACGUAUUUUAUAGUGAAGGGAAGAAGUGAAAUAAAGCUUCGGUGCAACCGAAGUUCACGUUGUUUUUUAUUUGGACUGAGUAAAAGUAAAAAUAAUACAAUAGCCGGCCGCAUGUUGUCAUUUGCAUAAGCAGUCGAAAUCUCUUUUAUUUUUACUGUAAGUUGGCGGUUGCUCUCUGCUAUGUACUCUGAGCGGCUAUAAAUUUUGCUCCUAAAGCUUUUAUUUUUAUUAUUUUUAAACAAAUUUUAGAGCAUUGGUGCGUUGCUUAGCACACACAUGCAGCUAAAAUUACGCUUUUUACUUUCUUUCACUCGCUCACACACGCGCAUACGUAAUCUAACUUAAAAACAGCAACAAAUUUGUAGCGACUAUCAAAAGCGUCGCCACUCUACAUACACAUGUACAAAAAUGCAUAGGUAUGUAUUGUACUCGUAUGAGUUGUUGUUCUUGAUAUAUUUCAUUGCCUCAUUUCUUCGGUGCUUUUCUCGCACUGCUGUAUUCGUUACUCGUGCGUCGGCUACUAUUACUGCGGCGUCAACGUCGACCGCGACGUCGUCAACAAAACAAAAUUUGCCUUGUGCUUUAUGCCAGAGCAACAGCGCCACCUCACCGCUCCCGCGGCAGUGGGUAUCAUAUCACAUCGCACAGCACGGCAAAACGUUGUGUUGUUGGCGCCGUCGUCGUUGUAGUCAGCUAACGCGGCAGCGUUGCAGAGCAGACCAGGCCAGCCUGUCAGCCAGUGGCGACCAGUCUCACCCAGCCGCACACUUUCAGUACGCAAGCAAACGCCGCGUCAGUUGUUGUCGCGUUCAAAUUUGAAAUUUUCAGUGAAAAAGUUUCAAAAGCUUAUAGUUGAAUAAUGAAAAGUAUUUCAAGUGCAAAAAAUAUUGCUAAAACAGUAUGAAAAACAAAGUACUUUGCAAAAAGUUUUAAACUAAAAAAUUAAAAUUUUAUUUUCGCGAUAGUGUUUUCGCCAUUUAGAAAAUAUUUGCGAAUAAUAUAAAGUGCCCACACAUUUUUAGCAAACUCCACGCGUAAAAUUAAGCUUUGUAAAAUAGUAAAAAAGUGCAAAACUUUGCAAUCUUAAGAAAAAGUGCUGAAAAAUUUCUUUAUUUUCGCGGAGACCUUUAUUAUAUGUAACAAACCACACACACGCGCAUGUGUAUAUGUGACAACUCACUCGUCGUUUAGUCAGCAAACGAGGAGGUUCUGGGCGAACGUACAUUGUAUAUGUGUAGUUGUGUAUGUGAGUGGGUCGCCGUCAAACGCCUGCAGGCUGCAGCCUUCAGCUUUCCUGCCUUUGCGAUUUUCUACCGCACUUCGGAGCCGCACACACAAAUCGCCGUUUUGCCUUCGUGUACGAGUAUGUAAUUUUUAAAUGCUUUCUGCAUUUGCUUGUUUGCGUACAAGCACGAGCGGCGGGCGAUAUCGUCACCGUUUUACUCGACAUGCCGCUGUCUAAUUUUUCUCAGUGCAUUCUUAUACAUUCUUUUACAAAACAAUUCAAUUCAAUACAAUACAAUCCUAUAAGCUCGUGGGUUCGACGACGUUAGCGUAGUAGUUAUUAUUGUUGUUGCGGUGUUAAUAUACAACUACAAAAGCAAAUGUACACAUACUUACACCCAAAGUGCAAAAAAAUCAACAGCGAUACUUUGUUAUUGUAUUACAAAUACAAUUGAAGACGAGUGUGUAAAAAUUUAAUAAAAAAAAAAUAAUUAAAAUAAUAAAGCGUAUAAUAAAUAUUUAUAAAAAAAUUAAAAUAUUAAAGCGAAACACAAAAAGUGCUCAAAAACGCAACGGAAGCAAGUAAAAAGUCAGCGUAGAGAAAAUAAACAAACGCGUCGCAAAACACGAAAGCAAGCGACAAUAAAAAUAAAUAAACGUCAAAAUAAAAAUUAAAUGAAAUUACAACAAAUACAGAACUUAAACACGGCUACGGGCAGCGGCAGUGGCGCCUACAAAAUGGCCGAUCUAACGAAAAAAAUGUCGCCGGAUAAUCCUACUCAGAUUUUAACCACACAUGAUUUGACCAGCUUACGUACCCUACAGCGUGUGAUCAACACCAACAAUAACAAUACAGCUGUUGACGACAACGUCAAUUAUAACAGCCACGGCCACAACAACAACAAUACUACCCGCAAUCACAAUUUCAAUCUCAGCCACAAUAGCAAUAUCAUCACAAACGGCAUACAUAAUCAUCACAACAACAGUAACGGCAACGCCAGUGGCGGUAAUCUUGUUUUCUCCACCAUCCCACUCGACGGCCACGCCCUGUUCAUCCAACCAUCGCACCUGUUGCCCGCGAACGCUGCCGCUUCGCUUACCAGUAAGGGUUUGCAACAGGCUACGCAAACGCGCGGCCUGGUUACAGCAGCAACAAAUGGUUUACGCACCGUUAAUAGCAUUAACCAUAGCAAUAUUAGUCCCGCCGUCAGCAACGCUACCACCUUUAUCAGCAGCAGUAGCAACAGCAGCAGCAACAACAACAACAACAGUAAUAACAGUUUAAACAGUUUUCUUGCCAAAGCAACCAUACUGAGCGCAAAUCUCAGUAACGGUAAAGCGGGCGGCAAAAUCUUCAGCACCGGUGGCACAACUUUCAGCAGCAACACUAAUAACAUGCCCACCACAUCCAAAUAUGUUUUAUUACAGCCCAAUGGUAAUGGACAGUUUACCACCUACGAAGGUCCAACGCCAGCGGCGGCAGCAGCCGCGGCAGCAAACGGCAAUGUGGCAGCGCCCAGCGUAGGCAACAUAGUGUUGCUUGCCACCGAACCAAUGGACUUGAAUGGUAGUGCCGCGGUGAGUGGUGAUGCCACUGCUGUUGGGCGUGUCAUUGCCACAACGACGAGCGUUACGGGUGAUAAUGAUGAGGAGCUGCGAUCAUUAGCGUGGCUGAAUGACAGCAAUUUGAUUAAAGGCAUAGUGACUACGAGUGCGGCGGGUGGUGCCGCCGGUGCCAAUGUAAAGCGUGGUGGAGCAGCGAAUAGCGGCAAUAUUUGCAUAGUAAGCGCUAGCAAUGCGCAUGAGCUGAUCGAGGAGCUGCCACAUCAUGUAGGCAGCGAAGAGGUGACCACCACCACGCCCAGUGGCAAUGUCAGCACUACUAGUGCUGGCAUAAGCAAUAAUACAAAUAAUAACAACAACAUCACUACACCAACUGAGCUGAAAGCCAGCACACAAAUAACAGCGCUUAGCGUUGGCGAUCUGCAGCAACUCAAGCGUUUCGGCAAUAUAAUCACAACUGGUACACCGAUCACUUUACUGCCACAGCACGACGGCACAGCUGCUGCUGCAGGUGGUAGAAAAGAUGAGCCGGCACACAUUUUCGGCAAUAUUAGCGGCAUUAGUGCCACGACUACGGUGCAUAUGGGACCGAGCGGUACCACUACCGUGGUCGAGUACAAAUCGAACGGUAAUAUACCGACACUACAGCCGAGACAACUACUCAGUGCUGCCGGUGUUGGCAAUGUCAGCAGUGGCACCACUAUAACGCCGACAAAUUUAAGCAGCAGCAGCAACAGUAGUGCAAAUAAUAACAGCAAUAAUAUAAAUUCUAGCAACUAUGUGCCUUCUUCACCUUCUUCAACUCACAGCACCCAUUCAAUUGUAGCCAGCACACCCGCCUCCGCCGCUGCUUCAAAUCCUGCCGCACUAUCUGUUUCCUACUCGACGGCGCCCUCCACUCAGUUGAGCGUUGCCGGCGCCAAUAACGGUACGACAGUGCUUAGCCUGUCGAAACAAUUGACAACGCUGCCGGGCGGUGUUGUUACGGUUACCAAUGGCAACGGCACGACUAACACAAUUUAUCAAGGACAACAACAGCAGCAGCAAAAGCAACAAACUGUCGCUAGUAACAACAACACAAGCAGCGGUAGCAGCACCUCCAGCACCACACAUCACCCGCACAAGAAAUAUUUGCGCGAAAAGAUGAACGUGCUGGAUCAUGGCGGUGGUGGUAGCAGUAGUGGUGGCGGUGGUGGUGUUAUCGCCAACACAACUGCCAACAAUGUCAACAGCACCAAUGGCGCUGUUAAUGCCACAACUUCUAACAUAACCGUAGUUGCUUCGCCAGCUUCUUCGAGCAGUUCGUUUUCCUCGUCCGUCUCAGUGUCAUCCAGUUCAUCGUCCACGGCCGCCGUUAACGGUGGUAAUAGUCCAGUUUCUAAGUCAUUCUAUGCUGGCGCAGCCAACAACAGUCACAACACCAGCGCUGUUAACGGCAGCAGCAGCAGCAGUAGCGGUGCCAUAAACUACUCCAGCACGGCGAAUACAACGCCGACAGUGGUGCUGGGCAGUGUAUCAGCAGUCGCCACAAAUAGCGUGCACACGAUCACCAGCUCCCCGGUGGCAGCGGGUGUGCCGCCCACAUACGCCAUAAUGCAGUACCAAAGUGUGGCCUCCUCACCUAGCAUGUCCUCGCCAGAACCAAAUAAUUCCAAAGAAAUGUAUCCACUUAUUGCACCUCAGCUACAGCAACAACGCAACUCGAUGCGUUCGCCCACCUCCUAUUCUAGCUAUGAUAAUGACUCAUUGAAAGAUUUCGAAAUAUCCACCAAUGGCUCAAGCGGCUUGAGCCGCAACAAUACCAGUACACCACAACAUCAAAUGCACCAGUCCACGCAAUCGCAACAACUGUCGUCUUCAGGUUCGUCGGCAUCCUCGAAGAAUAGCCAUAACGGCAGCACUGGCGGCGGUGGUGGGUCAAAUUCGAACGGUGCCGUCACACCACAAAAGCAAAAGCAUCCGAACAAUGUGCCCUACGAUCCGUUCGUGCACACACACAACAAACCGCCCUAUAGUUUUAGUUCCUUAAUAUUUAUGGCCAUUGAGGGCUCAAACGAGAAAGCUUUGCCCGUUAAAGAGAUCUAUACUUGGAUUAUGCAGCAUUUUCCGUAUUUCAAGACAGCACCAGCCGGUUGGAAGAACAGCGUACGUCACAAUUUGUCCUUAAACAAGAGUUUUGUGAAAGUGGAGAAAGCGCCGAAUAUGGGCAAGGGCUCGCUUUGGCGCGUGGAACCACAACAAAGACAAAAUCUCAUACAAGCGCUAAAUCGCUCACCAUUCUUCCCCAACUCGGCCGUCGAUAAGUCGGCAUCGCUCAAGAGCCCUGGCGGCAAUGACUCACUGGUUGGCUACGAUACAGUCGACAGUGUAGGCAGCAGCGGUGGCGGUGCCUGCAGUCCAGCGCCUAAAUCAAACAUAAAUCCGCGUAUUGAUCCGCGAUUGUAUCCUAAAUUGUCAAAAGUUAUUGGUGGGCAGGAUGUGCCCGACGAAGACACUCCGUCCGACUAUAGUACAACAAAUCAUAAUAACAAUUUGAAUAAUCACAAUAGCAACAGCAACAACAAAUAUAACACUUAUAAUAGCUCACCAGUGCAGCAGAAUGGGGUCAGUGGCGGUGGCACUUCCAUAUUGGGUGCUUUUAGCAGCUACGAAAGUAUCGAGCGCUUGGCACGCGACUGCGGCGCUGAUAGCAUCGACGAUGUAAACGCUGCAACGGCAAUGUUGGCGUUGAAACAUGGCCCUAAGGUGUUUGCAGAGACCUUCCAGAAUGGUGCGCCCGUUAUAACAUCUUCACCAAGUGAGGAUCAUACCUACUCUGCAGGUGGCGGUGCAGGUGGUGGCGCUGGUGCCAACAGCGGUUCCACAACACCAGUAGCCAAUGGCAAUAUGGCACCAUUAGCCUUGAAUGGCAAUACACAGUAUGCCGUUAAUGGUGCACAGCAGCAGCAAAAUGGUUGCAAUGGCGAUAAUCAAAGCAAUUACACUUCCUCCGAUGCGGCAUACGAGAGCAGCGAAGAUAACAAUAACAUCACGCCCGAAGAGUUGGAGGAUCAACGGCGUCAACGUGAGGGCGUCGAUGCAUUGCUCUCGCUCUCACGUUCCUCCGUUGUCGAAUCGCCAACAAAGCGACCGUCAUCGACCAGCGUCGAAGAAGAACACCUAACCGCCUGCCUUGAAAACAACAAAGUCAACAACAAUAAUAAUAGUCAUUUUACCAAUGGUAACGGUAAAAUGGCAUUACUUACCAGUGCGGUCGCCUACAGUCAACAACAGCAACAUCAUUUGUACGAGGACAGCAGCAGCUUUCAUUCGCCCAGCUAUUAUGGCACGGCACACAGUGGACCACACCAAUUGCAUCACCAUCUCGGCUUAGGCGGUGGCAGUGCACAGCGUAAAAUCAAACCCUUGCGUAGUCUGCGCACAAAAAUCAAGCGCAAAGCGCCAUGGAUGAGCAAGGCACGGUGAGCGACAGCUUUUGUGUGUAAGUGGAAAAAUGUACGGAAAUAAGUAGUGCAGGAGUUGGGGGGGUUGUGGGGACAAAGAAUGAGUUUAUGCUGGGCAUAUAAAGACUAUACAUACAAUAAUGUAUGUAAUUUUAAAAAUUUACAAACAGUGCAUAUAUUUAGGCUUUGUGAAAAAACUACAAAAUAAUUUAAGUGUUAUACGUAAGCAACAAAAAGGCGAAAAGUAGAAGAGCAAUGCGUUUAACGUUCUGGUGGCCCUUACGUUCAAUUUGAGUAGCAUUUGUUUCAUUUUCUCAAUUAAUUAAGACUUCUGACACACAAAACUAUUACUAAUGACUGCUUUUUUACUUUAAAAUUUGCUUGGAUAACACAAAUUAAAUUAAAGAAAUAUUUUUUUUUGUAACUGCAUAGAUAAAGUGCAACAAUUUGAACUAAAAUUCCGAAAUAUUAAAAGGGCAAUUCGUUUCAAAAACCGCAAAUAUUCAGUACCUAAUUUUAAGCAAAUUUUUAGUAGAUAGCCGAUUGCAUCGUCCUGACUUGCAGCCUUAGGCACACACUUACACAUACACAUACCAGUUAAUUUAUCUUCAAUCUAAGCCCCAACUCUAAUUCACAAUUUUUAUUUCCAUGUGAAAAAUUCUAUCUGAUUUAAAAAAAAAAACGUUAAUGACCAUGCAAAUACAUACUUUUUGGCAUUUGCCAAGUAAAGUUUUACGAAAAUGUGAAAAAAACAUACAUAUAUGUUUUUCAGACUGCGAAAUAAUACGUUAGACGGUAAUGCUAACAAUUCAAACGAUUUCUGUUCGACGACGCCUGGUAAUUUCAAUUCAGCGCUUGCAAUAGUAAAUUUUAUUUAAAACUCACUGCACUUACGUUAAUAAUUUCAAAUUUCAAACAACUUCUUUAGUGUGCUUACAAAUUAUAUUACUAAAGCGAAGCUUUUGCUGAUAAAAAGAAUGAAACAUGUUGUAUUUAUGUACAAUAAGUGUUGCAGACAAGUUUUAAUGCAAAAACUUUCACCUCACGUGCAAUAAAGCGCGCAGAAUAUGAGUGAAAAUACAGAAAAUGCUACCAACUUGUUAUUCAGCGUGCUGAAUAUCAAUUAAAAUACCAAUAAGUGCAGAAUUAAACUUUAAAAGCCAAAAUCUGUAUUGAACGUAGUAACAGACGCGCUGAAUAUAAGUGAAAAUACAGAAAACAUGUAAUACUCGCGCGCUUAAUACCAAUGAAAAUGGCGAAAAUGUUAGUAAAACAUUACACAGCGUGCUGCAUAUCAAUUAAUACGCUUAACGUAUUAAUAAAUGUGGUAAAUAUGCUAAAAUCAUUGCUAAGCGCUUAGAAUACGGGAAAAUAGUAUUAAUAUAUUAUAAAGCGCGUUAACAUAACAGAAAUUGCUUUCAACGUUAUAUCAAGUUCGCUAAUUAUGUUGGAAGUACUGAGAAAUGUUUCGGAAAUGCGAUCAAUUUAUCAUUAAGCGCGCUAAAUUUAAAUACAUGUUUCAAAAAAUAUUUUUUUUUUAUAAAUUAUGUGAUGUUGAACAGAUAUCAUAAGUUUAUUGCGGCAGAAAUGUCAUAAACGUCCGCUAAAAUUGCUGGAAAUUGCAAACAAGUUUCCAUAUAGUGCGCUGAAUACCUUUGCAUUGCAUAAAAAAUGUAAGCAAUACAAUAAUCAUGAUCAUUACCUUUAAACUCUUAUAAAGAGGGUUUCAAAUAAUUUUUUUUGCACGGCGCUGAAUACCAAUUCAUUGCUCCAAAGUUGUAAGCACUUACUGCUUCUAUAACUGUGCGUAUUUCGCUUUCUGAAUAACCUUUAAAGUCUUCUAAUAUCUUUAAAUUAGUUUGUAUUUAUUUAUAAGUUACUUUGCUUCCAAUUUUAAAAUGUUAUCUCUUUUUCUGAUUUCUUAAAGAAAUUGCAAUGUUUUAUGCCAAACCAUAGUUUUAUGCAAAGCGCUAUGCGAAUUGUUUUUUCGCACGCUAAAAAUAAUUACUCUAAUAAUAUUAAAAUAAAAAAAAAAUCGCAAAUUUGUUUGUUGAAAAUUUUUCAAUAAAUAAUUUUGCUUUUUAAAUAGCUUUUAAAAAGCUCAUACGAAACAUUUUAAGUUUCGAGUUUAAUUUUAUUGUAUUUAGUUUAAAAAGCAAAAACAAAAAGUGUAACGUUUAAUAAGAAAAAGUAGCAAAAGAAACUAGCAAAUCAAAAACACAAAAAUAUUUAAGUGCAUAUUAAAGUUUAGCAUUUAAGUUAGAAGGUAUAGACACUAGACAGAAUAAGUAUGUUAUGAAAGGCGAGCAAAAUGCAACUUUAAAACGCAAAAUAAAUUCACUUCAAGUACCUUUUUAGCAAAAAGAAUAUAAUAUAAAAUAAUUAACUAAUUGCAAGUAUAAAAAAUAUUGAUUGCUCAGUUUGUAACAGCUGAGUUGAGUUAAAAAAAUGAUUAUAAAUUAAAUAUUUUUAAUUGAAAGCUUUAUGCCGCCUUUUAAUUACCAAUUUAAUUGUUUACUAUUACACUAAUUGUUUAUAGCGUAUGAAAGUGAAAAGCGCAGCAAAUCAAAAUAUAAAAACCAAAACAAAAAAUGUGAAAAAACAAUUGACAACAAAGUAACGGAAGAAAGUGUAGCAAAAGCAGCAAACUGUUAAGCAAAAGCAAAUGUUAAAAGUGAAUAUUAUUUGUUAGAGCGUUACUAAGCGAAAGCGUGCGUUUGUAAGCGUUGCAACUAAAACUACAAUUUACUUAAGCCUAUAGACAAAACAGUAGUCUUAAAGAUUAUAAAUAUAUAUAUACAUGCAUACAUAUAAACAUAGAGAAAUAUGUUAAGUGAUCAUAAAUGAUAAGUGGUCAUCAAUGAUAAAUGGCAAUAUUAAUUGUACGUUAAUAAUAAAACUAGCAUAAUAUAUAUAAAACACAAAUACAUAUAUACAAACACACUUAUAUACACAUACAUACCAUAUAAGCAUACACACAAACACAAUCCAAUUUUAGACAACUAUACUAAACUAGUGUAUAAUGACGCCUAAACACCUAAAUGUAGGCAAUAAAAAAUGUUGAGUUUUUACUGUAUACAAAACACUUACUACAAACAUACAUAUGUACAUCGUACAUGGUGUGUAAUGCUAUAUAAGACAAACUUAAAGAUAUCAAAUGUGUGCAAGAAGUAACAAGCUAUCACAUACAUACAUAUAUACAUACUUAUGUAUGGAAGCAAGAAUGUCAAAAGUUGUAAAUAAUUACCAAAUGAGUCUACCGUAGACAACUGUAAAUGCUAUGUAUGUGUAAAGUUAGAAAAAAGCCGGACAAUCCAAAAAACUAAAAAAUGUUUGAAAAAAAACAGAAAAAUUUAUAAAAAACCACGAUUCUUAUACAAAUUGAUAGUGAAAAGCAGCCGCUUAUUCCACGUGCUAUUUCAAAAUUAACCUUAAAAAUUGAAAAACAAAAAACCAAAAGAAAAACAUUGAAAAUUCUAAAAACCAAAACCCAACUAUCAACACUCAAUGUGUUAAGGCGCCAACGCUCGCAAUUGGUUGGACUUGCUGGUAUAUUUUUUAAAUGUAGUGAAUCAGCAGUUGGACUGGCUGACCUAAUAUAUAAAUUUAUUAAAUCAAUUUAUACUUUUAGUUCAAUAAAAAUGUUUUUUUGAAAAAAACUUGUCACAAUUUAUGUUUUUUUUACAGAAAUUAUAUAUUUCUUUUUUACUACAACAUUACUGUGUGAAAAUGAAUAUGUGUGAAUCUGUUCUAUAACCGUUUGCUGCUUAACUUACAUAAAUAUGUAAUUAUGUAAACAUGCUUAAAUUUGUAACGUUUUUGAAGUUGUUAUUGUAUUUAAAAAGUGCUUAGUGAAUAUUUUCAAAAUUAAAAAAAAAAUAUUUCAAAAAUUUCAAAAUUUUGAAAAUGGUGAAAUUUAUUCUAAAUUUGUAUUGCGCUUUUCAACUAACAUUACAAGCGUAUUUCGCUGUUGCUGAAUUUAAUUUUGCUUGAAUUUUAAUACUGAAAUUUGUAGUAAAUUACUUGUUGAAUUCAUGGUUUAUAACACAAAAAGUUUGUUUAAAGUUGUAACAAAGAAAAAUCUUAAUAACUGCGUAGUGUACACUGUUGGAAAAAAUUUAUUGAAAUAAUUUGUAAGCACAUGUUUCAUGCAGAUUCCUGAGACAGCAAAUACCGGAAAUGUCAUGAAAAUGCGUUUUAACGCCAUUGAUCGCAAUUCAGCGCGCGCUGAAUGAGCUUAUAACAGUUUAAAAUGUAGUUGUACAAGUUCGCGUAAUAUGUACAGCAUUUUUGAGGACUUCAAGUAACUUAGUUAUCAACAAAAAUAACAAAAAGUGCAAGUAGUGACCAGCAAUGUCACGAAAAUGAGUUUUAACGCAAUCGUCAUCAAUUCAGCGCGCGCUGAAUUAGCUUAUAACAGUUUAAAAUGUAGUUAUACAAGUUCGCGUAAUAUGUACAGCAUUUUUGAGUACUUCAAGUGACUAAAUUAUCAACAAAAAUAACAAAAAGUGCAAGUAGUGACCAGCAAUGUCACGAAAAUGAGUUUUAACGCAAUCGUCAUCAAUUCAGCGCUCGCUUAAUUAGCUUAUAACAGUUUAAAAUGUAGUUCGCGUAAUAUGUGCAGCAUUUUUGAGGACUUCAAGUGACUAAACUAUUAUCGAUAAUAAGAUAAAGUAGAAAAAUACGUUUGCAUUAGAAGCGGCUGAUAAAGUGUGUCUUAAAUUUCAAGCAAAUUUCUCUAAAGAUUCAAUAACAAUACAUAUUAUAAAAAAUGCGGUAAAAUUCUUUAUUUAAUUAAAAUAUAAUUUUUUAUUUCGAUUUCCAUUUCUACUUUCGAGCGCAGCGCCUUAACUUAAACAUGUACUACUACAAAACAACAAUUCUUAAGCCUACUCAAUUAAGCCUUACUUAAAUUUAGUGCUACUCUAAAUAUUUGAUUUUCAUUUUUAUACACAAAAGUGAAUAUAUGUAUGUAGUUAUAUAUGUACUAUAAAAACAUGUUUCUUAUAAUUAAGACUUAGAUAAAGAUUUUAUUUUAACGGUAAACCGAAACAAAUCAAAUAUUUAAGGCCUACUAAAGAAAAACUGCAUGGUUGCAUAGUAAUUUUAGAAUUUAAUUAGUUUCCGUAAGCAUUGCCAAAACUUUUUGAAACUUUUCUAUGAAAAAUUUGCCACAAACUUAUACAUUAAAGAAAAUCAAUGUAUUUUUUAAGUGUUAUAACUUUGUGUAAAAGUUGAACAAACGAAAGCUUUUGCCACAAAUGAUAUUUCAACUCUUAAAUCCCUGCAACCAUGUCAGCGAAUACUUACUUGUAUGUAUGUAUAUUUUUUAAACUUAAGGUGAUGAUCUUAAAAUUCAACCAAAAAAUACUUAUUUUUUAACUUUACUAACACUUAAUGAUAAAAACUGCAAAACUUUAUAAGAAAAUUUGAGAAUCUAAAUGGAAAAUUCUGAACUAAAGGAAAGUGCCUAUAUACAUAUUUAUGUCAUUAUUAUUAAUUAAUAUUAUAUUAUAUUGUGAAAUAACUCAACUUUAAAUGAAAUGCAAAUGCAACAACAUAAAACCCAAAACAAUUUAUACAUACUUACAUACAUACAUACAUACCUACAACAUAAAUAUACAUAUAUAUUUAAAUAAUAUUAUUCUACAUACAAUAUCAAUUGCAAAUUGAAACAAACAAACAAACAAACAUACAUACAUACCUAUUUCAUACAAAUUUAUGUAAGCGAUCAAUUUAAGCGUUUUAGUAAUAUUAAAUGUUUAUGUCGAUAAAUAUUUUCGCAAAAUUGAAAAAUUAAUGUGAAGCAAUUAAAGUUUAAAUCGAAAAGUAACAAAAACAAGAAAUUUGCUAAACUUAGCGCACCAAAAACAACAACAAAAAAAAUUGAUAGUUAUGGUACGUAGCGCAAUGCGUAAGCUUAGCAUGAAAAAUGCGAAACAAUUUAAAUUUCGAAACGCAAAUCACAGUAGUUUGAUAGCAUGUAAAUUAAAUGGCGAAAAAGUAACAUACUUAUAUACAAAUGAAAUGAGUGUAAACAGACAGUCCACUAAAUCGUUAGAAGAGUUUAAACAAAAAGUUAUCCUGUCUUAUCAAUGAUUCUUUGUAAAAGAAGCAAAUGAAAGUGCAAAACCCAUAAUUUUUAACAAUUAGUAAUAGUUUAUGAAAAAUAUGUCAUACUGCUUAAAAAAUUUAUGCUUACACGCACAUUUUUGGAAUUUUUAGUUUUACUAAUUGCUAAAAGCAUUUGUUUUUAUCUGUUAAAGAAAUUGUUAUUGUUAAACCUGUGCAAUUCCGCGCUAUUGGAUUUUCAAUUUUUGAACCCAAAUAAUUUUUACGUCUUAAAUGAAUUUCUAUACUCAUAAAUUAUUAUUUUUUUACACCUCCGCAAUAUUGUAAUUCAAGUAUUUAUUAGUUUUUUUUACUGUUAAAGAAUUCUUAAAACAUUCAUUAUGGCUAGUACUUUCAAACGUUUGAAUUGUUUUUAAUUUCUUAAAACUUUUUUAAAUAUUUUAAUAUUUUGUUUUAAAAUUUCUUUCAGCAUCAAAAUUUUUUCAUUAAAUUUUUUUAAUUAAUAAUUUUUUUUAUUCUCUUCUAAUUUUUUGUAUAUAUUUUUUCAUUUUUAUUCUCUUAAUUUUUAUUCUCUUCUUAAUUUUUAUUUUAUUCUUAUUAGUUUUUUUAUAUUUUUUAUAUAAUUUUUUAAUUUAUUUUUCCUUUUUAUUAUUGUUUUUGUUUAAUUUUUUGUAUGUUUUUAGUUAUUUUGUACUUAAUUAAUUUAUUUUUUAUGUAUUCUUAUUUCUUAUUUAUAUUUUGUUUUCAUAGUUUUUUGUUUUAAUAAGUAAUCUCUUUAAUUUUGAAAAAAACAAACAGGUUUUCCAAAUCAAAUUAAAAAAUAUCAUCUACUACUUGCCUAUAUCAAAAUCUUUAUGUAAGAAAACGCCAUGAAUUUGUAAUUGAAUUUCCAAAAAAAAAAAAUCCAAACGUACAUUACCAAAUAGUAAGCGAGCUAUGUAACUAGAACUAUGACUAAAAAUGGUUUCCUAAUGCUAAUGAAUAUUAUCAGGACCGACCGAACUUCAGUAAUACAAUACAAAAAAAAAACUAUUUAAAGAAAUAUUAAAAAAAAAAUAUAAUAUAAAAAAAUAAAAAGAAAAAUGAAAUGCCAGGCUUUCAUAACUUAAUGCUAAAGUAACUACAAUAGAAAAUACACAAAAUGCAAACAAAUAAGCAAAGAAACAUACCAACAUUUCCCUUUGAGUACACUUGAGAACGUAUCAGCAAAUAAUAUUAAACAAAUAAAACAAAUUUAAAAGUAGUUGAUAAAAAUUAUGCAACUCUGAAAAUAAAAAAGGAUAACUGCAAGGGUUUGCUAAAGAUUUGUACAGAUUUAUAGCUUAAAAUUUAAUCAUGACUGAGAAAAGUAAUAUAUAUAAAUAUAUGUGUGAAAGAAUCAAAGAAUGAAACAAAAGAUCGGAGAAUUAAUCAAAUAUUUAACUUAGCAAAACUGUAUUUAAUUAAAAGAAACGUAAUUAUUUUAAAAGCCAAUAAAUUGCAAGCAUUCGUACACAAAAAGUUAUAACAAUUGAAUUGUGUUAACGCUGCUAUUUUAAAGUUUAUUGAAACAAUUUAUUUGCUGUGCAACUGUUGCUCAAUAUUAAAAGCUAUUAAUUUGCUAUAUUAUUUGUAUUGGCAUUAAUUAAAAACAAGAAAAUUGUUAAAUAAACAAAAAAAGUGAUGAAUUCAAAUGUAAACAGUUAUCGAUUUAAAAGAAAUAUCGAUAUGGAAAUGCCUGCUUGCUAUGGCGCAAUAGCAAUCAGCUGCUUAAAUGUAAAUAAAGCCAUGUGCUCAGUUAAAAAUAUAGUCAAGCAAAAGUUUAGCUAACCAAUCUUACGAUUUUAAAUAUUUUUUGUUAAUUUAACGAAUUAUUAUAUUUAAAAGGUGAAGCAGUGUUGCAGGAGGUAUAAAACUGAGAAGCAAAGAAAACACCACACAAAUGUAAGCGAAUGUAUGUAAGUUAGGCGCCCGCCAAUCUCCAUGGCAGAGUAUAGGAUUCGUAAUGAAAAUGGAAAACCAAAAUAAAUGAAAUGGCUAGGAAUGUAAUGUGUAUAAAAUAAUAAUGUAAACAAAUGAUACUGAAAAUUAGCGAAAAUUAUAAAUUUAUAAAACAAAAGAAAAAACACAAAAACUUAGCAAAUGACAGUAAAGUAGGUAUAAAAAAAUGUUAUAAAACAAAAAGAAUAAUAAAAACAUAAAAUAGUAUAAGUAUAAGGAAAAAAUAUCACAGAUAUUUUUAGUGCAAUAUAUAAAUAUAUAUACAUAUAU